UUGUGUAAUAAGUGAUUCUUGUAGAACUUAAGAUUUUCUUUUAUUGGUUUUUUUUUACAAAUGAUUUUUCGUCAAUAGAUCGAUGUUGUUAUUUAAGUUUAAUAAGCAUUUUUCAUUGUUUUCUAAUGUUUUCUACCCUCUCAAUCAUGGAUCUGGUCACCGACUUACCCGCCAAAUUUUUCCCUCCAGGACCCAAAAACUUCAGUAUUCAAGUGGGAGUCAUAUUAAAAUGCCAGGAGAAAUCUGUGUAUUGAAAUAUACUAAGCUUUCGGAGCUAGCUCAUGCUCCCGUUAGAGGCUCUGAGUACGCAGCUGGAUUUGAUUUAAAGAGUGCCUAUGACUAUGUUGUCCCGGCACAUGGAAAAGAAUUGGUUAAGACUGAUUUACAAGUCCAAAUCCCUGAUGGUUGCUAUGGAAGAAUCGCUCCACGGUCAGGACUGGCUUGGAAAAAUUUUAUAGACAUUGGAGCUGGUGUCAUUGAUGUUGACUAUCGUGGUAACGUUGGAGUUGUAAUAUUUAAUCAUGGAGAUUCUGAUUUUAUAAUAAAAAAUGGAGAUAGGAUAGCUCAGCUUAUAUGUGAGAAGAUAGCCUAUCCUUGUUUAGAGGAAGUUAAGAGUUUGGAUGAAACAAUACGAGGUCAUUCUGGAUUUGGCUCUACGGGUACUAAAUAAAGUCAGAAUUGCUGUAUCAUGUAUGAGCUUUGAAACUGAUCACUUAAUUCAGUAUCUGUUACUACCAAAGGAUUUUUGUUAAUUUCGUGUUAGUAUUGUAUAUAUGUAUUUUUUU